AUGGCAGCCUCGGUCAAGAAUGGCGCGAGCACGAUUGCGUACGGGCUCGUGAAGUACUACAGAGGCAACGAGACGGGCCAGGUCCCGGGCAUCCUCCCUGAGCCAUACUACUGGUGGGAGUCGGGCGCCUUGUUCAACACCCUGAUCGACUACUGGGCCCAGACGGGCGACGACACGUACAACGCCGUCACGAAGCAGGGCCUCCUCUGGCAAGUCGGCGAGGGCAACAACUUCAUGCCCGUGAACCAGACCGCCUCGGAAGCCAACGACGACCAGGGCGUCUGGGCUCUGGCGGCCCUGUCGGCGGCAGAGAGCGGCUUCCCGAGCCCGGCUGCGGACCAGCCGCAGUGGCUGGACCUGGCGAGGAACGUGUUUGACGACUUCGUGGCCCGCUGGGACACCAAGACGUGCGGCGGCGGCCUGCGAUGGCAGAUCUUCACCUUCAACGCCGGCUACGACUACAAGAACUCGGCGUCCAGCGGCGUCUUCUUCGACCUCGCCGCCAGGCUGUACCUGCAGACCAAGAACAGCACGUACUCGCACUGGGCCAGCGAGGUCUUUGAGUGGGAGCACAAGGUCGGCCUGAUUAGCGAUUCGUACGACGUCUUUGAUGGCGUCAGGACCGAGGCGUGCGGCACGGUCGACAAGAUCCAGAACAGCAUGAACGCGGGCAUCUUCUUGCACGGAGCCGCGGCCAUGUACAACGCCACCUCGUCGUCCGAGUGGAAGACGCGCGUGGACGGGCUGCUCAAGGGCGUGCAGAGCACCUUUGUCAAGGACGGUGUCUUGUUUGAGGCUGCGUGCGAGGGCCAGGGGACGUGCAACGUCGACAUGCAGGCCUACAAGAGCUUCCUGGCUCGCGGCCUCAAGGCGACGAGCGAGCUGGCGCCGCACACGGGACAGACGAUUCGGCCUCUGCUGUUGAGCAGCGCAAAGGCGGCGGCUGCUGCCUGUGCGGGAACGACUACCAAGAUGUACCUGGGAAAACCCAACACCGUGUGUGGGUUCUCGUGGAUUGCGAAGAACGGGCAGGUGUUUGAUGGGAAGAUUGGGGUUGGCGAGCAGCUGAAUGCCCUUUCUGCUGUGAUUUCGACGAUUUCUGGGGGAGCGGCUGCUGGGGGGGAUGAUGGCGAGGGAUCGUCUGGAGGGAACGGGACGAGCACUGCUGGGCCGAGCAAGACGAGUGGAACGGCGGGGCCUGUGACGGCUUCUGUCAAGCCUCCGAGUGCUGGGACGAGGGUUGCUGCGAAUGCUGUGGCUGCUGUGGUUGUUUUGGGAGGAGUUGUGGUUGGCUUGUUGUGA